GAAGGAGGCGAGCCGCCAGCUGAGGGGGGGCUCGCCAGGGUCUCCAGUCCCCUCGGCCGGAGCAGCAGCAGCAGCAGCAGCGAGAGAGCCGCGGACGCCCCCUCCCCCCUCGGGCCUCCCCCCCCCUCCGCCGCCGCUAUGGGCUGCUGCUACAGCAGCGAGAACGAAGCCUCCGACCAGGGGGAGGAGUCCAAGCCCCUGCUGCCCCCGGCCUCCAGCCCACCCAACAAGUCCAUGAAUGGAAUGGAAUCCUGCUGCACUCUGCCUUCCGCCCGGACAGACGAGCAGGCCCUGCUCUCCUCCAUCCUGGCUAAGACAGCCAUCCUUGGGACCCUCGGCCCACCCCAGGUAGCCGUUACCCAACCCCGAGCAUUGGCCCUGCUCCUGGCCCUGGGGGGUGGGUGGGCAGAAGCUUCUCCUGCGCCCCCUCCCCCUCACCUCUCGCCUGUGCCCCCCUUUUCCCGCCAGGUCUCCCGGAUAGCUGCCUACGCCUACAGUGCCCUCUCCCAGAUCCGCGUGGACGCGAAAGAAGACCUGGUGGUGCAGUUUGGGAUCCCCUGAUGCCCCUCUAUCCGCUCGCCUGGGCUUGGGUGAUUCCUCCUCCACGUUUGGUUUCUCCCCUCCCCCUCCACCGGCUCCACACCGCGGUGGGCCUCCGUGCACAAGAAGAGACACUGGGUCGGUCACCCGGCCACAGGGACACUUAACGCGUGGACAGCCAAAGGCGGGCGAGACCCAUCCCCUGGCGUCCUCCUCCUCCUCCUCCUGCUCCUCCUCUUCUCCCCCAGCUGGGCCAGGCGGUGCCCGGUUGGUCUGGGCCAGGAGGCAGAGGGCGUUUGCCUUUGUGGUUGUGGCUCUGGAACGUGGACUUUGUGCCGGAGGGGAGGGGAGGGAGGGAGGGAGGGGCACAAGCAUGCUAGGGGGAGCUCUUGUCACCCCCCCACCCCCCCUUGGCUGAGCCGGGUUGCUUCCUUCCGCCCCCCCCGUCCCCCCCCCAUCUUUGGAUGUUUUAGAGUGGGGGGAAAGGAGCGCAGGUGAAUUGGAGCUUUUUAAGGGGGGGGGGAGAGGGGAGAAAAAGCCACACAACCACGGAAGUGAAGCCUUUUGGGUCCUAGCACCCUCCUCGGUCUGUACCUCCCUCCCCUGUUUUACCUGGCUGGGCUGUCGUUUUAAUUUUUUUCUCUCUCUCCUCCUUUUGGUUUUGCUAAAGUAGGUUAAGAAAAGUAUAAAUAUAUUCAUCCGAGCCAAGGCCCGCUCUUUAUUUGAC